AUGGAUAGUCAUGCUGACUACAAGUUCAUGGGAUGGAUGGGCCUCGACGAGACUGCUGGGGAGGGUAAGAUGGUCUGGCAGGAGUUCAAGCCCAAGACGUGGGAGGAGACCGAUGUCGACAUUCAAAUCACACACAGUGGCAUAUGUGGCUCGGACCUCCACGUUCUCCGAAGUGGUUGGGGCCCGACACCAUACCCAUGCUGCGUUGGUCACGAGAUCGUGGGUCGAGCUGUGCGUGUCGGCACGCAGGUUGAGGGUGGUAUCAAGGUGGGCGAUCGAGUCGGUGUCGGCGCUCAAGGUGACUCCUGCUUGGGUCGAGGGCAAGACUCUUGCGAAGAAUGCUCGUCAGGAAAUGAGCAUUUCUGCGCCAAGCACGUUGGCACGUACGCCAGUUUCCAUCUGAACGGCGACAAAUCGUACGGGGGCCAUGCGUUGUAUAACCGCUCUCCAGGUCACUUUGUGUUCAAGAUUCCAGAUAGUAUUUCUUCCGCCUCAGCAGCGGUCAUGCUAUGUGCGGGCAUCACUACCUAUUCUCCACUGAAACACUUUGGUUGCGGUCCAGGCAAGCGUGUGGGUGUAAUUGGCCUAGGUGGCCUGGGCCAUUUCGUCGUCAUGUGGGCGAAAGCACUAGGUGCUGACUCUGUGGUGGCGAUUUCUCGAAAAGAGAGCAAACGACAAGAUGCUCUCGAAAUGGGCGCAGAUAACUAUAUCUCAACGGACGAUCACCCUAGGUGGGAUACCGAAUUUGCAGGCUCAUUUGAUCUGCUCAUCUCAACCAUCUCGUCGUCAAAGGCGCCUAUCGCUGGCUACUUGGCUCUCUUGAGGCGGGAUGGCACUCUCGCUCAAGUCGGAAAUCCCGACGAUGGCCUAUUUUUGGUUCCCAGCACAGGUAUAAUCAUCGGGAGGAAGAGACUUGUUGGUUCGAUGAUUGGCUCGCCAGGAGAGAUCCGAGAGAUGCUGCAGUUAGCAGCUGAGAAGGAUGUUAAGCCAUGGGUGGAGGAGAGACCAAUGAAAGACGCAAAUCAGGCCAUGGUCGAUAUGGAAAGGGGCAAGGCUAGAUAUCGAUAUGUGCUGGUGAAUGAAAAUGAUGCCUAG